AUGGCAGGAAAUACUGAAGAGAGUGUAAGAGGGAGAAAAAGUGGACUUGUCCAUGUUGAGGUGAGUUUUUGAAAUGUGUUUCCUUCUAAAUGCUACAGAGAAUAUUUUUUAACAACUCAGACAUAAAGUAGCUGAGUAGCUGAGCUGCUGUUGGACAAAUUUCUCUAAAAGGUUUGUCUCUUCUGUUGUUGCUUUAAAUCUAAAGCGAAAGUCUGACUUCCUUCCUCUCCAUAUAGAUCCAGCACCCAUCAUCUACUUCCUCCCCCUCCUCUCCAGCACCGUCUGUAUGGCAGGACUUUGGGAGGAAGGUGAGACUCUUGCUGCCGUACAUCUGGCCCAAAGGCUCAGCAGCUCUGCAGGGUCUGGUGCUGCUGUGUUUGGGCCUGCUGGUCGUAGAGCGGCUGGUUAAUGUCCUGGUGCCUGUUUACUCCAAGAACAUCGGUAAGAAGGACGUCCGCAUCUGAGAAUAAACAUGUACAGUAGAUUGAAAGUGCAAGCUCCGGUGAAGAAAUGUGAGCCAAAUGCAACACAUAGUGGAAUACAUCUGGAUUUUCUCAGACAGUUUAGUGCAAAAGUUGUACCACAUGUUAAGAGUAUUUCAUCCCGGGUCCUUCAACUUUGCUGCUUUGUGAGACGUCAUAUCUCCAUAGAUAAGGUUAAAAAGAACCUAAUUUAAAGCAGUUGUUAAACUGAUUUAUUGCACUUUUACCCUUAAAACACUAGAGGGCAGUGUGUUCUAGUUUUUUGAAGUGGGGUUCCCCUUUUUUAAUCAAGUCUGAUGAUAAUCUUUUUAUCCUCCAAAUGUAUUCACAUCCUCAGGGAUGUCUUCCUAGUGAGGCAGCAGACAAAUUGGAUUGAUUGGAUAUGAUUGAACAUUUUGUUUUCCAAUCAGUCUGACUGCCAAAAUACCCAUGACAAAAAUUAACCUUUAGAUAAGACCAGCAGGUAAGAGAGCAACAUAACGCUCAAUGGUAACAGGGAGGCGUUGUUGUCUGAGGAGCCUCCCUGAACAGGAGUGAACAGUUAAAGGCUCUGAUGGAAAUUUUGAAUUAACAUUUGUCAACAUACAGUAUGUGAAGAAUGAAAAAACUAUGAGAUUUGUAAUCAGGAUAAGGCAGUGACUGAACCUUGUCACCUUAGCUUGUUAGCGCCUGAGUAGGGCUGAGCAAUAAACCGAAAAUUUACGACAAUAACCGAAGUCAUUUUGUUCAUAUUCGGUGUCAAAAAAUGAAUAAAUAAAAGUUGGUUUUGGAUGUGUGUAGGUAGGCUAUGGUCUCAUGCCGCUUUAAGACGCUGUCGUACAUCAGAGACGUGACUCCACCCCAUCUAGUCCGUAACAAAGAGGGAGAGACAGGUGAGGAGAUGGAGGACGGUUCAAAAGUUGUAGCUGCUGAAGUAGACAAAGUUAAUGUGGGAGGGGGUGAGCAGCUUGAGGAGUAGUUAUUGUCCAUUUAUCGUUAUCGAGGUGAACUGCUCAAUAUAUCGUGAUAUUGAUUUAAGGCCAUUUCGCUCAGCCCUACACCUGAGUUAGCUGUGUAAAAUCUCAUUUCCAGCCCAGCAGAGGUGUACAGAAGGCUGGUGACACAGUUUAAACACAGACCCUGUUUUCUGUUUGUUGUCUCACUUCUGGAAAAAAUCAGGAUUAAAAUUCAGUCAUUGAUGAAAAAUCUGUCUGUUUGGAACAUCCUCAAUUUAAAGUGGGUGGAGUGGAAAGAUGUCCUUGAUAACAUAUUACACUCAAGAUGUGUCCUCCAAAAACAUGAUGAGGAUCUAACAUCACAUAAUCUAAGUAAGGUGUUUUUAAAAGUGAGAUUCGACAGAGACUUUAAGUCGAUUUGUUAACAGCAUGAUUUGAUGGGAAUCACUGCAGCAAACUAUCUCAGCUCUACUCUGCUGGACCUAAACCCAGAAUGAAAGCAGUGACUUUGACCAAAAUUAUAUGGCAUGUGAGUAUGCUUAAGCUUAGUAUGAUAAUCACAUGCAAAUAUCAGAGAUAUGGGUGGGCCAUCCAGAGAUCUGGAACAAGGUUUACUUUUGCUUCCAAGGAAAUUUUGAUCCGUGGUCGGCUGAGAGACCAAAGAGAUCUAAUUUCAGCCAUAAAGCAUCCAAAAUUAGCAUAACUGAAGGAAGAAGAAACAUAAACUUCAGAUUUAAUGUUCAAUGAAUGUAGAUCAGAGAGGUUUAAAAGAGGAAGCAACCUUCACAUUUUAGAGGCAGUGUCAUCAUUUGCCAAAGUCUUUUGUUGCUAGUUUUGUACCCAGGACUGCAUCCACCUCAAGGCAACAACCCAGAAGUCUCCACUUCAGAGGAAGUCAGCAUUCAGUUUGUCUUCAGCUACUUUCCCUGCUUUAGAAAAAAAGAAAACUGCCCAUUUGGCUUCUGGAGCGACAUGAAAGUCUGAGCCAGUGCAGCCAGAAUGAAGCCCAGCGCGGCUUUGUGUGAUGAGGAAGGCGUGGAAGAGGCUUCAGAGGGGGGUGUUGUUGUUGGUGUGUGUGUGUGUCUGUGUAUGUGUGUGUGUGAGCAGAGGGUUUUCUGGGAGGUCACCCCUCCUGCCAGUCAUGCUUAGCAGGCAUUAGCGGCCUUUUUCGUGGAGUUAACACACCGGUACAACGGACGUUUUGUCUCUGGGUGCGACCCCGCCUCUCACCCUCCAACUCCAGGACCCGAUGCCAAAAAGCAGAAAAUACCCCCUCGCUAAAAACACACACACUGGAAAGUUCAAGAAAGUAGAGAACACAUAAAUCUCUUUUUAUUCCACUUCAUCUUUUAUUGAAUUAUUUUUGUUAUUCUUUUCUUGCUAUUUCUCAUGUUGUCUUGUGUUUUUCUCCUCCCCUUAUUUCCCUCAGUUUCUGUUUUUCAUUUCAUCCUGAUUCCCAGCACUCGUCCCAAAAGAUAAUGAAUUUAAAUGAGACCAGAGGAAGUCUGUAGACCAGAGGAAGAGGAGUGUGUGUGAAUAUGUCACGGCUGUGUGUCAAAUUAGAAUUAUUAUUGCUAUUAUAUUAAAAAAAUGAAGGACAAUGUUUUGAUUUGUGCGUCAACAGUGAAUGAGCUCUCUGCAGGAGGUGGCUGGACUUCAUUGAUUUCCACAGUCUGUAUCUACACACUGCUCAAGUUCCUGCAGGGUGGAGGAGCAGGUGUGUCAAUGCACUGAAAAAUUAGUGUGUGAAUGUGUUGAUGACUUUUAUUAGUAUCUGCCUUUUUGAUAAAGAAGCAGAACCAGACUGACAUUUUCCCUCAUCUUCUGUUUCUUGUAGGUACAUCAGGUUUCAUCAGCAACCUGCGUCAGUUCAUGUGGAUCAAAGUUCAGCAGUUCACCAGCCGAGGCGUUCAGGUACCACGAGCUGCUCUUUGACCUCAUCUGUCAUGAUAUUUUUACCUCAGGAUUAAUGAGCUCAUAAAAUACCAUGUUUGUUUUUUUUCCUGUUGUCCUCGUGUAUUCACGGUUUAGCUCCUCAGUUCUGUUUGUAGUGUGUCCUGUUUUAUUUUGUAAAAAUAAAUGUUGACAUGUAGUUAUUGUAAGACUGGUUUGUGCGCAAGUCCUCUUUUUUCUGUAAAGCUCCGUUUUUAAAAGUUAUUAGGGGGUCUGAGUUUUCUUUGAUUGACACUUGAUACAGCCUAUGGGCUUUCGCUGAAAUACAGGGAGCUUUUUCGGCUUCAAAUCCGUAUACUGGUGGAAGGUGGAACCUAGUUGUCCAUAGUAUAUACAGUCUAUGGUUACACCUGUGUCUUAUACCUCACCAGUCUCUGUAUCUCCCUCCUUUUUUCUAUUUCUGGUAGAUUUUAAGUUAUUGAACUGAAUUGUCUUUAAAUGUUGGUUUUAAAAAGUGUUAAAUAUCUAGUAGAGGGCUGCUAUAGCUAGCUAGCUAGCAGCUGCUACUUCUUUGCUUCUCCAAUUCAUGAUCUGUGGUGAGUAUGGACAUGUGGUAUCACCUUAUGCUUCUUUAUUAGCAUUAUAUUAUUUCAUUCAUCAAAAGGAUAGUUACUGUCAAAAAAAAAAAAGAAAAUGUAAAUAAAUUGCCUUGGCGAUGCAUGACAGUAGCAGUCUGUAGCACUUGUGGUUUCCCUCUGUCAAGAUCUUUGCUUGUGUUGUACUUGCUCUCAGAUGUACAUCACUGUCGACUUAGUGACUGAAUGAAAGUAACAAUUAACGUUGUGGUGGAAUGAGAAUGUAAAAAGUUUGAACCCAAAAUGUUGGAAUGAGGACAUAGACGGUUCCCCAGAAAAGAUUAAUAAUUCAAGGUACAGUGUGUUGUAUUUAGCAAAUAGAAAGUUGCUUUGUUGUGAUUUAAAAAGUACAACUUUGCCUUUACAGCAGAGUAGAAGUACCAAAUUUUAAUGUAAGACUGAAAUAAAUCACAAGUUCAUCAUAACAGGAAGCUUCUCUAUCCCUCCAAAAUAAAGGUGUGUUUGUUUUCCCACCUGCACGCUCUGUCCUUGCGCUGGCACCUGGACAGGUGCACUGGAGACGUGCUGCGGAGCGUCGACAGAGGGACCUCCUCCAUCAACCACCUGCUCAGGUAGGACUGGAUGGUGAAUGGUAACACAUGCACACACUGUCACUAGGUAGAGGAUUAAAGAAACCUGUGAUUGUUUUUGUCUUUAGCUACAUCGUGUUCAGCAUCAUUCCUACCAUCUGUGACAUCAUCAUCGCCAUCAUUUACUUCGUCUCCUACUUCAGCGUGUGGUUUGGACUCAUCGUCUUCACCUGUAUGCUCCUCUACCUCAGUGAGUCAAUGUGUUAUCAAAGAGAGCGUUCUUUAACUAUCAUUCAGUGUAGACUUUAAAAUCUCUUUAAUGUGAUGAGCAUUACUAGGAGAUGAAUUUCAUGUGGAUUUUGUCUGCAGCGUCCACAAUCCUGAUCACAGAGUGGAGGACCAAAUACAGGCGGGAGAUGAACGACCAGGACAACAAGGCCAAGUCCAGAGCUGUGGACUCACUGCUUAACUUUGAAACGGUAUGUAAGGCCACACAGGUCCUGCUCAUUUUACUGCUUAUAAAUAAAAGAAGUCACUCUGCAAUUGGAGAAAUCUGAGUUUGGUUUACAUACAAGUUAGUUUUUUGGGUCUAUUAUCUGUCAUUGCUUUUAAGGAGCCUUCAGUUCUUAUUCUCAGAGUUUGAUUAACUUUACAGGUAAAAUAUUACAGUGCAGAGGGUUAUGAAGUUUGCUGCUUUGAGGAAGCUAUUCUAAAAUAUCAGGUAAGUGUGUUUCUGCUAAGACCAAAGAAAAGAAAACUGUUCUCUGUCUGUGUUUCUUACCUUUGAUUAAAGUGCUGUUGCUUGUGUUUGUGCAGCACUGUGAGUGGAAGAGCUCGGCCUCUCUGGCUCUGCUGAAUCAAACUCAGAACAUCAUCAUAGGAUCAGGACUGCUGGCUGGAUCUCUGCUCUGUGCUCAGCUGGUCUCUGAAAGACAAUUUCAGGUAACAUCACUGACUAAAAUGCACACUUUUUGUGCAAAAAGCAAUGCAGGUACUUUUCAGAGGAAGCUGGAGCACUUUCAGAAAUACUGACCUCCUUUUCAGCAUUACAGCUAGCCUGACUCAGACUCACAGUGACCUGGAUGUGCAGCUUGACCGAAGUCUUUGGUAUCAUAUCAUAAGGAAAGCUGGGACCAGACCUUAGUGACUGAACUUGACCUCAGUGACCCACACAUGACUCUUACUCUGACUCUGACCUGAUGGGGGUUCCCAAACUUUUCAGCACUGGUCCUCUAAAAUGAGUCCAUCAUUAUUUAAAUCCACCAUUGUCUUUUUUUGUGCUGAACAAGAGGGAUACAAGGUCAUGUUAAUGUAAAAACGACACUGUUGAUUGUUCUUGGUUAGUAUUGGCUCAUAUUUUGUGCACUUAUAUUUCCCUCAGGUUGGAGAUUAUGUUCUGUUUGGCACCUACAUCAUCCAGCUGUACACUCCUCUGAACUGGUUUGGAACCUACUACAGGUAACAUUCAGAAUCUAAUUUAUAUAAAGGUAAAGAUAUAAAAGGUGGUAAGACUUUUUUCCUCUUCUUCUCUUAACAUUUAACGACAGACUGAUUCAGAGUGCGUUUGUGGACAUGGAGAAAAUGCUGGCUCUGCUCAGUGAGCAGAAAGAGGUGAGUUGUAUAAGGACUACAAACAUUAGGUAAGAUUUAUGCAACAGUGACACUAAAAAACGAUGACCAAAAUAAAUGACAAAUUUGGGCAAAAGUUAGAUUUUGUAAUUUUGGGACCAAUUCAUAACAUUUUCAAAAAGUUGAUUUUAAUCUGUUUGUCUCAUUCUUUCUUUAUUUCUCCAUUUUUUUUCAGCUGGUUUAAUAGUAUUUCUUUUAACAGCAAUUACUGUUAUUGGAAUUGUAGUAAUGAUGGGUAUUGCCAGAUUAUUAUGGAUAUUAAACUGUCUAAAUAAUAUCUUUUUAUGCUUAGAAGUUAGAUUUAGAUAAAGAAAUAAUAAUCAUUUUCCAUCGGAACAACCAGAGAUUGAAAGGCUUGUGUGAGUAAUCAAAUAUAAUCUCGAUAAUCUAAUAAUCACAGAUUUGUUUGAAUCAAACUGAAUUCUCAUGAAGUGCUUCUGAUCAGCAUCAGUCGAGCUGAAAACAGAGAAACUCACACAGUCAGAGGUCAGCGGAUUAGAAGGUCAACAAGUGUUUGUGUGUGACUUUUGUGUGUGUAUUUGUGCGCAUACACAUACUGGAACACAGAGUCUGCGUGUUUGUCUGUGUGUGUACGUCUGACUUUUUGUGUGUGUUUCGGUGGGAAAAGGCGUCCUCCGGCUGCCUCACUAAAGGCUCCUACAUUCACAGGCCCUUGAUAUGGUAAACAGCCACAUGAAUGCAAACAAAAGCAUUAGAGCACCUUCAAAACACAGCGGCCCUUUUCUUUGGCUUGGGAAGCUGCAGGGGAGGAAAGAGGGGGAGUCAGGGAGAGAGGGAGGAGGGUGAGGGUGAGGAGGAGGUCAGAAGGAAGGAGCGAGGAAGGACUGAAAUUGAGGAUAAGUGUUCAGAUUAGGUUUGAGUAUAGUAGAAAUAAAUGAGAAUAGAGAAGUGGAGAGAAAUAUUUCUAUUUACAGAUGCUUCAUAGAAAAGUUUAGUUUGUACAUCAAAGGUUUGGAUUUAGUAUUUGGGUUUGUAGCUUUGUACAUUUGGAGCGCAGGUAGCUUUGACCAAUCACAUUCCAGUAAGCUUUAGCGUAUGCAUGAAAAACUGUCUGUAUGGAGAGCAAAAGCAGGCAGAUAAGGAUCCACUUCAACAGCAUCCUGGCUCUCAUCACCAGUAAUCUGAUUGUGAUUUGUACAUCUCUAUGAACAGAUAUCUUAAUGCAAGUGCACUUUUGAGAUCAAACAUUUUUGCAUUAAGUUUCCAAUCUGCUUAAAGGGAUAUUCCGGCGUAAAAUCAAUUUAGGGUCAAACUCAGCUCAAGGAAAAACAUCAGACCGAGAUGAUAAGGUAGAAGAACUACAGCAUCUGCAGGGCAAAAUGUUGAAUAUGAUGAUAAUUACUUCAAGGAAAUGAUAAAGAAAUUAUCACAAAUGUUCUUCCUUGAGCUGCGUCACUAUGCUGUAGUCUGUAAUGGACUGGCCUGAGGUCUCGCUACAAACAAGCAGCUGCUGGAAGAGAGUUGGUGAGUUGUGUUUAGUCUCUUUGGUAAAGAAAUCAGGCAAAGUUAAAAAGAUGUUUGGUGGCAAGUACUAUGGCUAUGACCCUAUACGUACCGUUGAUGAAGUUAGGUGCUGUUCUGAGCAUUAUUUGUAGCUAUAGAGUGGCGUUUUGGUUGAGCGUGUGGCUCCUGGGAUCGGUGUGUAUUGCUAUAGUGCAGUCGUUACUCAAAAUGGUAUAACUAGAGAAGCAAGCGGUCAGCAACAUUCAUCAUUCGCUGGGGUGUCUACCUCUGUGUUAUGGUGUGUUUGACUCUAGAUUAAUUUUACGCCAGAAUAUCCCUUUAAAUCAUGGACUCAUUUUCAGUUAAAUGAGUUUUAAAAGUUCUCUCCUGUUCAAAAAAACAAACAUUAUAAUCAUGAUUUUGGCAACUGCAGCAGACUGAAAAGAUUAAAUCCAGACAUUUGCUUUGUUCACUUGUUUGACUCAAAAGCUAACCAGAGUGCAAAAAUUAAAUCAGCUGUCUAGAAUUAAAUCAUUGUCAAAACACUAAGAGAAAUGUUCAUAUGCUCUCUCUCACCCUUCUUCUUCCUCCCCCUCUCAGGUCCAGGAUGCUGAGGAUGCUCAGGACUUGCAGCUCACAGCAGGUCAGGUGGAGUUUGACAGAGUCAGUUUCAGCUACGUGCCCGGGUGUGUAGCCAGUAAAAGUGUCAUCCAAGCAUGCUCAGAUUGUCAGUGAUAUUCUCAGUUAUUUGGCUUGCAUAGUCAUUCACAAUUACAUCAUUUGGUAUUUUAAUGCUAAGGCUUUUAUUUUGUAAGGUAAGCUUCAUCAUAUUGAAGAAAAACAGUGACUCAGCUGGUUCCCAUCACUUGCUGUGCUCAGGAUUAACAUAAAAAAUUAUGUACUUUGAUUAACUGAUUGCUCUGAUCAGCCUGCUGUGUGCGUUUGUCAGUGUUGUACUUACUUUAUUUUCCGAGCAAACACUCCAGAGAAGAUCCAGAUGUUGGUGAUUUAUGUGAGAAUUUGCAACUUGAGCCACUGCACACAAAAGCUCAAUAAAUCUAACCUCUUUAGUGUUACUUUUUCUAAUGUUCAGUGUCUUGUAAGUUUGUCUCAAAGCUGCAAACGUUGAGGAAUCAGUGCCAGAGUCAAAAAUGCCUAAACGUGGUUUAAGUUAUUUUGAUCCUGAUUGAUGCUUUUUGUGUGUGCAGCACUGAGGUUCUCAGGGAUGUGAGCUUCACAGUAGAGGCAGGACAGACAGUCGCUUUGGUGAGUUAUCAGAUUUCAUGACCCCUAUUUUGAGAAACUGGUCAGCAAACCAACACAGGAGCUAUCAACCACUGCAGACAGGAACCUCAGAAUUACAACUGAGCAGAUAUCAGAUAUUUGUCUCUGCCUAAACCCAAAUUUUUAUUUCAGAAGCUUAUGGUGAUAGUCUGUAAACAAAAAUGCAUUUGUGUCUUUGUUGUGCAUGUGUGUGAGCAGGUGGGUCCGUCUGGAUCAGGGAAAACCUCCAUCCUGCGGCUGUUGUUCAGGUUUUAUGACCCUCAGAGUGGAAGCAUCCGCAUCGACGGGCAGGACAUCUCCAAGGUAAACAAAAACAACACCGCAGAAAUUUGACGGUGAGGUGAAGUAGCAUGCUGUUAUUAGGUCACUGACUUGAAUCAAUAAAAAAACAGAGUUAAUGAAAGAAUACUUUUGACAUGACAUGAUGCGUCAUGUGGUUUAAACAGGCUACCUCAUGCCACACAUCUGUACUUUGACGAGAAUUACACAUUUCUUUCAACAUAAGCCCUUGACUGUUUUUCUACCCUGACCACCACUGUAUCAAAUACAUGAUUAAGGACCUGUGUACACUUACAGCAGUUUUGUAAGUGUAUUUUUUUUUUAUGAAGCAGCAUAAAAAUGUUGCUUUUCCACUGCAGGUUGAUGUCCAAAUGGACCUAGAGAGCGUUGCACUGCUGUGUUGCUUCAAUGUGUUGUUGCACUUUGUCGUGUCACAAGAGACGAGACACAACCAUGUGCAAAAGGUCUGCAAACAGAAUACAGCCAAAAUGAGUCGAUACAUGAUCAAUUAAAUAGGUAAACAAAUGGAUCCCACCUCCUGUUCUCUUCCAAUCAAAUUCAUUGUUUUUUUCUCUCAUCAAAACUGUUAUAAGGAACUUUUGGUGCCUCUUGUGGACAACAUAAAACCUCUUGAAAGUGGUUUCAGGCAUCAAAAAUUACGAUUGAAUUUUCUGCCUUGUUGCUGAUGGUUUCAUUGGCUUUGGAAGAUCAUAAAGAGGCAUCAGUGAAAAUUUCAUCCUGUUUCUCAACCAGUUAAAAUCCCCUUUAAAAGGAGUCAUUUUCACUUACGUUUGGGCAUUUUUUCAAAUCUAAUCUGAUUAUAAGAGGUUAUAAAAAAACAACCACAAACCAAUUAAAAUCAAGAAGGGGCGGGGCUUCCGGUAUCAGCUUUGUCUGCAUAUGAAGGAGAAAACAGCCAAGCUGAUUUUUUUAGGCACCAUUUUAAAGUCUAGAGCUGCUGCUAAUGCUACACUGAUUACUUGUAUCAAUGUUUUUUAAAAUUUACUUUAAAUUCUGUUAAAAGAAAUCUUAUCUAAAGUAUACAGGACAUUUUAAAACAUGCUGAACCAUCACUGAAAAAGCAGAAGUGUUUCUGGACUAGUAGCAACUGCAGAUGCCAGUGAGAGGCAGUACCAGUGCAGAAGAUGCCAUCAGUGGACACAGGCCCUUAACCUUUACCUCUACCUACAAUGCACUGCUCUUUUUUUCAUGCAAAGUUUUGCAAUAUUAUGGCAUUGUUCACAUAUAAUCAGGACUUGAUUCUAAUGGCUUCAUAGUUUAGAUCCCAUAUGAAUCUUCUUUUAUGUGGCGUGAGUACUCAAAUUCAUAUAAACAGAAAACCCACAUUUGUUAAAAGUUGAACUAGUGUACAGAUUAUUGAGCUUUAAGUGAUUUUUGGUCUUUAAACUUGCUGUUUUAAGUCUGUAUGCUUACCUAAAUGACUGCUGGCUGUAGCUUCAGACUCACUGCAUUAACAUAAAAGUGGUAUUUGGCCUCUCACGUGGACAUCUCUCUAAGAAAACUAUCAGCACGUUUCCUAAUAUGUCAAACGAGUCCUUUAACCGCAGUCAGUGUAACCAUCAGUGUUUCUUUUCAUCUUUUUUUAUUCCUCCUUUCAUCUCUCCCCAUCAUGGUCGUUUCCUGCUUUUGGCUCACGCACCUUGACUUCCACUUUCCCCCUCUCCCUCACACACACACACACAGCUGGGCUGAGUGUGUGAGCUCCGGUCACACUGUGAAUAAAUCAUAGUAAAAGGUUCCUGAAUAAUGCAGCAACGAGUCCAGACGCCAGAUGUGUAUGUAUGUGUGUGUGUAUAUGUGUGUGUGUAAAGAUAGCCCAUUUAUUGCAGUUGUAGUUAAAAAGUAACUCUGUGUAUGAUUUUCCAAAAGUCCCAAUAAAAACGAAGCAACACAAACACAUUACAACACACACUCUGACUCACAUGCACACCUGCUUCAGUGCGACAGAUGUGCUUUUUAAAGCUGGCGAUGAUUAUGUGGACGUUUGUUUAUAAUUACACAGCAGGAGGGUCGCUUAAUCAACACACAAGUACACACAUGUUGUCGUCUCUCUAAUUAAAAUCAGACAGUUUUUAGUCUGUGGUUUUCUGGGACAACGGAAAUUAUAAAAUGCAUCAUCACUCUGCCAGAGUUUUUAAUCAGCUGUCAGUACAACUUCUUUUACCAGUUUUAUCCAAAUUUCACACAAAUCUCCAGCGAAAUUAGAAGGAAAAAUGCUAAAUUCAUGCUUGUUUUCAGAGAUUGUUUGGGGUAUAAGUGGCCUUGGUAUAUAACAUGUGGGGAUAUCAGUUGGAUUCAGCAAUGUGCAGUUUCUCUGUAAAUGUGUAGCAGCUUUUAUGAAAACCAUUUGUCACAGCCACUUCUACACUUUUUCCACUAAAGUGAACCUGGUCCUAGUUCACUAGUUCUGGGCUAGUUCUUGCAAUCCCUGUAAACCAAACCACUUUCCUUUUCCAUAGGCAUGAGGUCACCUGCAAGCCCUGUCAUUAGAUCACUGCAUACAUCUCUGAUUUCCCAGCAGCACUUUUGUUGUAGUCUUCAAGCACACCAUAAACAACAAUGAAUGACUACAGCUUCUCGUUUCAGGUGUUGCUCAUGGCUUUGCAAACCGUCUUUGGCUUUUUAUUAUAAGGGGUAAAAAAAAAAAAGUGUGGUCUUAUUGUCAGGAUAGCUAUGAACAUCUUACCUUUGAGAAGUCACAGACACAUAACAUCACACCAAUUACAUUUUGAUUCUUACUGUCCACAACACAUAAUAUCAAAUCAUAACAAAGUUGUAGUUGGUUGUAUCUUGGUCACAACAGCCUGGCCCGUAGCCCCUGACAUAAUCAGUUCUUUCUUGUGGACCAGCGAGGAGUUUGUGGUACUCUUGAGCUGGAUUUUCUGGUGAAGAACAGCUCCUCUGGCAGUCCAAACACCAAGAACUAGAGGCAUGUUAGACAACCAGCCCAGUGACUCCUUUAAAAUUACAAGAACAUGAAAAAAACUCACCUACAUAACAAUACACAUGGUGGCCCAUUAAAUACGAUGACGGCUAAACCACCUGACAACAGAAAAAACGACUUGAGGUAUUCUCAGAAAUAAGUCUGGCUUGCUAAAUGCAAUUAAAUCCUCAGGAGUAUAUCAACCACUUUUUUAAGGAUCACUUAUCAGAGUUUGUAAAAGAUAAAAUAAACUAUUUAUCUUAGGUGGUAAAUCCUCUAAUCACCUCUAACACUAAAAGACCUCUGUGAUUAAUAUAUGAAAGUCGGGACAGAUGGUGGUUGUAAAAUCGCACCUUUGUUUCAAAGUGAGAGUGAAGAGGACGUUGAGAAUUUUCUGCUUUUGGGUUUAAUUCCUGCAAUUUUAACACCAUCUGUUUAACAUGCUGGCUGUUGUCACUUCAUUAAAAAUCCAUUCUUCUUUUCACGUUGAAGUCUAUAAAUACUUUUCUAAUGUGUCACAUCAGAUAAACUUUUCUGUAAAAACACGCAAACAAGUAUUACUCAGUUGAUCAUGAUCACCUGCUGAAAGUUUGACUGCAAGAUGAGACCUUCUGACUCCAGUAAAACUUCACUGGAUGCAGAUGUUUUUACAGGAAUACCUCUCAUCUAAGGUUUUAGAGGAUAAACACAGUUUUUAUCUCUUUAUGCUUCUCUUUAAGGAUGAAAUCGGGGCUAAUUAGCUUAGCUUAGCAUAGAGAUUGCAAGCAGAAGGAAGCACUUAGCUUCACCCUGACCAAGAAAUAGCCCUAAGAUGUAAUUCAGCACAAGUAUUUAAAUAAGUUAAAGGGGGCAAUUGACAGACUAUUAAACCUCUCUAUCACUGAGUUGACCAAUUCCAGGUCUUGUGGUUUGCAUAGUUUUGACUCGUAGUUACAUUUCAAGCUGCAUGUGUCAGCUUUAGAAGGGGAUACUCGGACCUUCAGCAUAUGCUAAUAUGUAGGUCAAGUAUAAACCAGGUUUAAUCCUAUAUGUGUCAGUUGUUGCAGUUCUAACAGCUGUUGAAAUACUUCUCAUAUACAUCUUGGUUUUCAAUAAACUGUACAAAUCAUGGAUAUACUGUCGUCUCAGUGAGGUUUUUCGAUACCAAUUUCCCUCAAACAAAUUAGUUAUAUAAAUAUUCGAACCUUGUGCAGUGUGUGCAGAUAGAGACAUGAGCUACUAACAUCAAGAUCAUUUUUACCACGCUGUUAUCAUGUACAGAUGUGCUUUUCAGAAUAGGCUGGCCAUAUUCUGAAUUCCCAAAAAGAGGACAUUACUAUGCAGGGCAGAGUCGUGGAGUCGAGUGUAGAAAAUUUUGAGGGUUUUUUUCAGGUUGGGUCAGGUCAGGCGUUUCUUACACACUUCUAACUCAGUCCACGUUACACUCAAAACUUAAAAAAAAAAAAAAAACCCUGGACAUUUAAAGGAUUUUAUAAACUUCCCUGGACAAGGCCGGACAGCCACCCCAAAAGAGGACAUGUCCGGGUAAAAGAGGGCGUAUGGUCACCCUAUUUCAGAAUGAUUGUGUGUGUGUGUGUAUGUGGCCUCAGGUGCUUUUGGAGUGAACCUCAAGUGGACACUUGAGGAAGUGCAAUAUUUCUGUUCUCAAUGACUUUGCCCAAAGAAAGGUGGAGUGAUGGUUUUCCAAGAAUGACACCUCUCCAUAUGUUUAUAAUUUUAGGUUUUUGUUUCACAUCUCAAAAUAAGUUGGAUUUAUAGAGAGAUUUGGUGUGUGGAGAAGCUCACAUAGCCUUUAGAAAAAACAAAAACUCUUGCCAGACACAAACACAUGACACUUAGGAUUUGUCCAAAUCCUCAUCCAAAGGUACCUUUUUCACUCUAUGUGCUGGAAGAUUCAAGUUUUGAUCUAUUUGCUGUUAUUUUUCCCAUCAUUGAAUUGUUCACUAAGACACUAAGUGUGAUGACAGCUGACUCUGUAAUGAAUAACUUUGAUAUAUGACUCUUUCGAGAUGUCCACAUACUCUUUGAUUUCAAAAAGGGGCUUUCUGCUUGUUGCACACAUCUGUUCAUAGAUGAAUUAUCUGUGCUUUAGCAGUUCAAAGAGAAAGCUAUGAUCAUGAAAUCUGUUUUAGUUGAUCACAGUAAAGAGGAAAAACCGAGAAAUGUAGAUAUAAGGACCCAUUUCUUGGUCUUUUGCAAGUCCUCAUGCUUUUAUCCUCCAAGGUUCAGUUUUUUUUACCUUGCAAUGAGUCCAACACCCAAAACUCUGGAUGCAGCUCAGUCUGUCAGAGUCUAAAGUUUGUUUUCUGGUGCACAAGUCCUCUGCCAUUCUGUUUGUCCCUGCAUAUGGCCACCACAUGUAGUUAAGCCCUGAUGAGUCGGACUCUGCUGGCCCUGACACUGCAGGCUGACGGCUUAUUACUCACCGCCGCAGUGAUUCAUCUGCUUGUUUUUAAGGUGUCCGUCAGAUUCCACUUUUUAUUUCAAUUACGGGAUAAAACAGCAGUUUGGGUUGAUGUGUGUUCCAUGUUUGCAAUCACAGCUAAUCGCUAAAUACUUUUUCUUGGGAUUGUGUGACACCCUUUCCUGUUUGUCACUAAGAAGUACUCAAGACCACAAGAAUUCUACUUUCAUCAGUAACAAUGAGCAGAUCACAGCUGGGUCAGAGCAGGACACAGAAGAGGAACAAAGAACCAAAUUAAUGACGGAUUAGUCAAAUAUCUCAUAUCAAUCCCAAGCAUUCUAACAGCUGUUGGAAUAUUACAAAGAUUUAACCAGCUGCAGAUUAAAACAAGGAAUGCUGGUCUGACUCUGCUUGCAGGUGACAAAUCUUUGUACCAGCAUCUUGUACAAUAUGUUCUCCUAUUACGUCCUAUUUGCAAAUCAACAUGUUUUUGACUGAUGACCAGAAAUCUGCAUGGAAUUAAAAAUGUAUAGCUAAACCAUGUAAAGCAUGACAGUUGAACAACAUAAAUGGAUUGGUUUGUAAACAAAACCUCGACAGGAUGCUAAAAAAGACCAAGGUGUUGUAUCCUAUGUACAAAAGCUACAGAGCUAUAAAUAUAAAGGGGUGAUCAUUGUUCAAGGUAUAUGCCAAUGAGUUUGUCGAUUGUUUUUGUACGUAACAGAUUAACUGGGAGACAGUCCAAUUGUAACAAGCUGAAAAGAGCUGUAGAUAAAAAUGAAGCACAAAGAACUUCAGGUGUUGAGUCAAAGCAGAGUCUACAAGAUAGGGGAUUCAAUAGAGGUCAUAUUAAUAUUAAAGACAUGGUUGACGAUCUGAGAAGCAGUUGAAAAAAACUGAGCCGUUGAGGCAGAUUCGAAAAAAGCAUCUCACCCACCUCACACAAACCUCUCCCUCAGUGCUCCACGAUAACUCACCCCCGAACCUGUAGCAAGAAACCGGCCGACAGAAGAUCCUACACUAGCUUAAAAAAGGAUUCACCAUGUCGGAUUGCGAGUUACUAGCAGCAGUAAACGCCAGCUCUGCUAGCGAGCACCAUCUGCAGCUGCCUGGACAGCUAUUGUGUUGACAUUGCAGAGACUAAUAAGAGUUCUUUAUGUAACAUGUGCUACGAUAAAAGGCAAAAAUUACCUGUUCAACAAAAACUGCUGUCUCGGCUGGCAGAGCUUUGUUUACCGCUCAAAGGAUGACCCAUGAUAAGCAUAGGUUUAGUUCAGGCUAACCAGGUAGUCAAGCUCAGACCAGAGUGCAUUAGCUGAACCCAAUGCCAGGUUCCAUGGUGUGCUCGCCCCUCCUUAGGCUUUGGCACUCCACAUAUGUCCGUGGAAAGGCAGGGAACUCUCAGAAUAGGAUCAUACCAUCAAACCAGAAUCAUCAGAAUAAGAAUACCUUAUUUAAGCCGAAGGGAAAUGAUGUUGGGCCGUGUACCUAACCAUAACCUUUCAGUCUGGCUGCUGGACUUGACUCUCUAUGGUCUAUGAACAUCUAUUGUUCUUUGGCCUUACCGUAUUAGUCACAUUUAAAUGUGAUAACAAUAACAGGAGUGAUAACAGAAGUCUUGGAUGACAUGAGCCGGUCAGUGCAUCCAGGCCUCUCUGACUGACUGCCCAAUCUACAGAUGAGGUCCAGGGUUUCAAGCAGUCAGAUACAAGUUCCAAACACUUGAGCAUGAAAGCGAUCUCACAUGGACACAAUUAGCUUGGUAGAUUUCCACCAUCAUGUUCCUGUAAACCUUGAAUGGGUAUUUUAUUUCUCAAUCGUUGUUCGAGGAAUUCAGUGCACAUGCUUAAGCUUGGAAAACACUGAGGUCUGAAAAAGUCAAUAAACAAUUUACAGCUUGGGGCAGGACCCGUGGACUUUAUAAGGACAGCGAUAGUUGGGACAUAUCUUAAAUACGACAUCAUCUUAAACUUGAUGGAAGUGUUAUUGCUGUCCGUGCAAAGACAGCUGUUGUACACCCAUAUCAUGCUCUUUUGUUCCUCAGUCGAUGCUUCAGUGAAAACAUUAAAUACCCCAUUUUUUAUCCUCCUUUCUUCUCCCUCCCCAUCUGUCUCUUUCUUUCUUUCUAGAGAGAGUGUUAGAGCUCUGUCAGCCCGCCUCGAUCAGAAACAGAUGCUGUGUUGUUCUUCAGAGGAAUAAAUACCAAAAGAGGAUGGCAAAAAAUCAAAUUAAGGGAAAGUGAGUGAUUAUCAGCCAAACCGAGCUGGUGCAGGAAAUGGAAUUUGUACUGUUGUGGCUGCAGAGAAAAGCUUUAACAGGAAACACUCAGAGUACUGCACACCGACCAGAGAGUUAUUGAAAACCGGAAAUUAUUUCAGCAGAGAUCAAGUGCCUGGUCCGUGAAAAACUGAAAGGGAACAACAUUACAAGUGGUGUGCUACAAUCAGGGUGUGGAUCCGGACUUUUUAGAGCAAGUCAGACCAAGGGUCCUGUCUGGUUGGUCCAUCUGUUUCUAAAAUGUAAACAAUUGUUAAAAAACACAUUUGCACAAUUAAAACAAGUAUAUGGCUUUUUUUAGGGUUGUUAAAAAUAACUAGCUAACAAAAUCAGGCUUGUUUUCUCGUGUUUUGUGGUUGUGAACUAUGAGUUUGUAAUAUUCUCCAGGUUUCAGGACAAUAGCUCACACCUUGUUCCACUUACCUUUCAUUUUCUCUGCAGUGAUGAUCAAUCGUGGAUGAAUUAAAAAUGUCUGUUGUAUUUACUGAUGCAGCAUGAAAGCUUGGUGUAUUGCACCUAUUACGGUUUUGUUCUUGUUGCCUGAUGUUGAGAAUCAACUGAAUGCAACGAUCAUUUUGACGGAAUGCAAAAUAAAUAUACCACAUUAUACACCACAAAGAUCUUAUUUUCAGUCUAACAGCUCGUGUUGUGUUGGUUGAAAUGCUUAUUGCAGAAGCAAAACAUUGUCCUACAUUAGUCUGACUUAAACUGGACUUUUAAAAUGCAAAACAACUGAAAUCGCUCUAGUCAAACGUUUUAUAGCCCGACCAAGAUCUCUUGACGAUGUGGAUUUUGAUUUGUUUUACUAUGCUUCAAUGGGACUGAAACUGGCCCUAAGUAUUCUGCACAUUCCCCAGAGUUUACGUGGCAGGAAGUGAAGCUGGGUAGUAAACAAAACCUUGACAGAAGAAGCGAAGAUGUGUUAAAAGACAGCUGUGGUAUUGUGCACAAAAAAGUUGCAGAUCUGUAAACUUCUACAAAAUUUCAGAUGUUGCUCUCCACACACCAAUCUUACUGCAUGUGUUGCCUUAGAUACAACUUGCAUUAAUGCAGCAAAAACGGAAGCCACAUCGUCAACAUUGUAGUUUAAUAAUGCUAACAGAUUUCUCUCUUUUUUCUUUUUAUCAAAUAACCAAACCAUGUUUCUGCAGUGAACACACCAAGUACAGAAAAUAAUAUUGUAGCCAUGCUGCCAUAGCAUUGAGUAAAGUCUUUCAGGAAAUAUUCAGUAUGAAUAAAAAUAUUGCCCUGAAAGCUGCCUUGCCACUUUGCAUGAUAUCAGGGGAAAAAAAACAUACUAUGUCAACCAGAUUAACAAAAAGCAAAAUGAAGGUAAGUAGGUUGAGUCAAAAAUGAAAAUAACCGGAAUAGAGAGUGAGAGACAACGACAGAAAUCGGCUCAGGACAUGUUCUGUCUGUGACCUGGGGCAGCAUGCAUUAUAUAGUAUAAGAUGAAUUAAGCCAUGCAACAUUUAUAAGGAUGUAUGAUGUGUGUGUGUGGAGAGAGGGAGAGAUAGAGCAAGUAGAGCGAGAACUGCAACAUGAAAUAUGUUUGUGUCAUGACCCAAGAUCUGAGGACCCCACGUACAAGGUGGUUUGUUGGUUUGACAUGAAUUCAAAACUUAAUACCUGCAGAGCCUGUAUGCUGGUUCCCCUUUAAACUAGGUCAGUGAAUAAAUGUAGUUCCCCAGUUGCAGGACUGACAGUUUUAUCCUUUUUUUUGUCUAAGGUGCGUCAGUCUUCUCUGAAAUCAUACAUCGGCGUGGUUCCUCAGGAUACGGUUCUCUUCAAUGACACUAUCGGCAACAACAUCCGCUACGGACGAAUUACAGCCAGCGAUGAUGAGGUGGAGAGUGCCGCCAUUGUUGCUGAUGUACACAGCAGGAUACUGGAGCUUCCUCAGGGUCAGGUCGGGGUGAUGGUGACACAUUUGAAAAUGCUUCUAUGUUGGACAAGCAGACGUCUUGAUUGUUUGUCAAAUGUUGAAAAGUUUAAUGUGGAAAAGGGUUUUUAAUGAAGAUGAUGGUGUUAUUUCCAAUCAGGGUACGACACAGUGGUAGGAGAGCGAGGUCUGAAGCUCAGCGGUGGGGAGAAGCAGAGAGUGGCCAUUGCUCGAACCAUCCUGAAAGGACCUCAGAUUAUUCUGCUGGAUGAGGUAAGGAAACAAGGGAUUACUGUGUUGACAACCCUUUCACUUAUGUAGAAGCUAAAUCUGUAUAAACAUGAUGAGAUUAAAAGAGUUUUCACCCUUUCCUGCUUCACCUAUUACAUCAUGUGCCAAGACAACCUACAAAACUGUUAAAAAGACGCUUUGUACAAGAAUAAGUAAGGAGUAGGUGGUGUAUUGCAGUGCAAAAUUAUAAACCAGGCUUUAGUCUGACUCCUAGUCAUCGAUUUAAUGCAAUUUCAUUUGGACAACAUGUUCAUGAAUUGUUAAAGUCCAGUAGGUAAAAACCAUAUUAACCAGUAAAAGACACAUCCAGUGCAUACAACUCUACAUUAACUAGCCAUAGUCCAUUAAUAACUUGAGAUAAACUCCAGCCACAUGACUGACAGUGGUAGACUGUCCCAAAUGCUUCCUUGUGAAGUCCUCUAAAAUACGAGACGGCCUGAUUUCAAUUACUCUAACAUCUCUCUCCAUGUGUGUCCCAUUUUUGUUGGUCAAGCUCCAUUUAGACAAACUUUAUCAAGUUCUUUAUCCAAAAUACACAAAGACAGUCUAACAAACAAACAAACAGACUUAUUAAGUAAACAACCUAGACUCGUAUGCCGUGUUUGUUUUUAUUUCAUCAGGCUACUUCUUCACUGGACACUCAGACUGAGAGGAACAUCCAGGCCUCACUGGCCAAGGUCUGCACCAACAGGACGACGAUAGUGGUCGCACACAGGUGACUUCACAAACCAAAAUGUGUGUCAUUAUACCAGUUAUAUAGACAUGUUUCCUGCUGUGAAAAAAGCUUCCCUUGACUGUGACCCAGAUCAAACCCUUGCCUAAAAGGAGGUGGUUUCUGUCAAGCUUAAGAGAACAUGUUUUCAUGGUUUUACACCACACUGGUGCAGCAUCAGUUUGAACAAUAAAUCCAAUAAGUCAAAUUCAUGACACAUAUUUCAUCACAUACAUUUAAAUCUCCCAUAAAAGGUUUUUUGAUGUUAAUGAAAUAGACUUAACUUCAUAUUAAUGCCUUCUGAUGAUAUGAAGCAAGACCAUCAGCAACAGGAUAGACAGAGUUUCAUAUUGUUAUUUUAAAGCCUGAAAUGGGUGUUAGGGGGAAGGUGUUAGCUGUGUAGUUUAAAGGGAUAUUCUGGCGUAAAAUUAAGUUAGGGUCAAACACACCAUAACACAGAGUUAGACACCCCAUCGAGAGAUGAAUGUUGCCGACCGAUUGCUUCUCUAGUUAUGCCAACUUUAGUAACGACCGCAAAUAGCAAUACAGAGAGCCACACACUCAACCAAAAGCCACUCUACAGCCACAAAUAAUUCUCAGAACAGCACCUAACUCCAUCAACAGUACAUACAGGAUCCCAGCCAUAGCGCUAGCCACCAAACAUCUUUUUGGUAUAACUAGAGAAGCAAUUGGUCGGCAACAUUCAUCUCUCGAUGGGGUGUCUAACUCGUUGUUACCGUGUGUUUGACCCUAACCCAAUUUUACGCUGGAAUAUCCCUUUAAGACACAGUCCUGUUCUUACAAUUUCUAUGCAAAAAUAUUCACAGUGAAUGUUUCACAUGGCUGUCAAAGACGGGGUAGAGACUAUUUGUCAGAGUACACUAUUUUAACAUGUUGAGGACAAGACCAUCUUAAAAUAUUCACAUUACUCCAAUACAAGAGUAAGAGAAAAGGCAUUACAAUGAAUCCUGCUGUUUCAGGCUUUAAAAAACUAAUAUCAAACACUGGGUGAAUAAAGGCUAAUCUUAUCUUAUCUUAUAAAAAAACAACUGUAUAUUGCUUUUCAUGGCGCUCCAGACAAAGCUGAGACACCCCAAUGAAAUCAAAAAGAUAGAUUUCGUGGUGGCACUGCAGAAAAAGUCAGGAUAACAUCCAACUCAGUGGGAUACAUCAUCUGGUAACCAUGAACAUGUUGUGGUCUUGUGUUGCUGUGAACAUGCUAAUCCUUUGACACAGGGGUGCAUUAACACAUAAUCUGUAACUGCAAAUGAAAGUGGUUUGUUACAAUGUGAUUACAUCUGUGGGGGUAACUCAAGACCAAAGUGAAAAAGAAGAACCAAAUGUGAGUGAGGGAGAUGAAAGGAAAAGAGGGAUGUGGUGAAAGGAAAACAGGAUUAGAGCAGACACAAAGAGAGGGAUGGAGAGAUUAAAUUAAAAGCUGAUUGGAGGAUAUGAUGAUGACACGUGAUGACAGGUCAACAAAAGUAAAAGAAACAGAUGUCUGCUUAUUCAUCAGUCUGAGUGAUAUUGAAAAAGACUUGAAAGGCUCUGACACUCGCAGACACUAAAAUACAUCAGGAGUGAAGAAGCCUGUGGUGCUGAUUCCUGCAACACUGUGUUAACAUAGUCUUCAUCACUUCCUACAGUACAAAAGCACACAUGAUCAUGUUUUCUAUGACUAACAUGAUCAAAACAUGCUUUCUACUGCACAGGAGAAGAUUGACUCAUCAGUCGAUUGCUCAAAGUCUGAGACUUCAAAGUUCACUUUUGUGUUUUCCAGGACAUGGGAAAAACCUAAAAACAAUAUUUUGUUUGACAGACUUCCAGAUAUGACCGGAAAGAUUAUUACAUCAUCUGUUUCAUUCUGUGGGAAGUUUAUAUAAAGCUUUCUGUUCCACAACAACUUAUGUUUUCAUUUAUUCUGAGAUUUUACCAGUCACCUCCAGGGGUGAAGUGAGAUCCCCCUUUUUUUUGUUCAACACUGCGCAGUAUUUUUCCUUUAUCUCAUUAGACACAGACCAGCUCCGAGCACAUGGAACACAAAACAAUUUGUUAUUCAGUUGACAGGAAAAAAUCUCAAUAAAGCCCAGCCUUCUAUCUAAGACUGAAAAUAUAAAGUUCAUGUUUGAGGGCUGAGGAGACCAGUGAAAGCUGUCUCAUUCUUACCUGUUAUAGGAUUUCUUUUCUGUUGUUUUUUCCACCUUUAUGAUAGAUAUAGUCAUUUCCAUAGGUGACAAGAAAGGUGGAGUAAUUUCCCUUUAAAAAUUCAAGUUUUGAUUCAUUAAACAACAGGACAGUUCUCCAUUUCCUCUCAGUUCCCAGUCUUGCACGGGUUCAUGCCCAGAAAAGUUCCUGGCAUUUCUAACCAUAUUAAUGAUUUUAUUUUGCAUGGUAUAGUUUCAACGUGUGCGCUCACAGACAAUAGCUUAUGCCAGUAAAAUUGGGCUCAUGCGGUGGCUUCCACUACAGAGUCAUGUCUGUUUUUAGUGCAAUGCCACAGCUAUUAUUUCCUUGUUAAACAACACAAAAUUGCACCUUUGAUCUGAAUACAACAUUUGUGAUGUUAAAAUAAGGUGGACGCACGCACUCUUAUACUUAUUGUUCACACAUCCUGAAACAUGCACGACUCAGCCCUUUAAAUCAUGAUUCACAAAAAAGUAAGCAUGUCAGGAGCAUGGCACCUGUGUGGAAACUCUGAUGCAUGGACACACUGUUUACUGAUGCAGACUGUGACUAACCACUUUUGUGUUGUGUUGUCACUAAAGCACAGAGAUUUGUUGCUUUGUUGCAGAAAAUCAAAAAGCUGAGAUGAUUGCCUCAACAAAAGGAGAUGUUUCACAUAACAAAUCACAUUUUUCUUUGUUUAUUUGACCUCAAAUCUGGAUCAUCCAGCCAGACAGAUACAGUUUGUUGACCAGGUCAUCUAGUAGAUACUUGAAAUCAAUUACAUGGUGCUCACUUUGCCUGUUGAUUCUUCUUUGUAGUCCGUGUAUUGACAAGCAGAUCUUUGAUUAAAUUGAUCCAGCAGCUUCUUAAUCUUCCAGUAGCAGCAGCAGAUGGAGUCUGGUAGCAGGAUCGGGAAAGUUUGCAGACCUAAUCAGUUGGGCUUUAAAUAAAAUGAAAACAUACAAAGAUACAGAUCAUGUGUUUACUUUGUAGGAUGAGCAGAGAUCUCUCUGACAGUUUUUGGAUUGGGAUCAACUUCAGAUAUUGGGUAGAGGGAUCUUCUUCCCUCUCCUGAAUAUGACAACAAUCUGCUUAUAACAUCAAAUAAAGACCUCAGUGCACAUUUUAUUACCUCAUACUGUUCAGCUUCUUUAACCUGGGUUUAUUCCACCAUGCUCAACUAAAAUUGAAUCUUGAAUCUUGUAAGCAAGACGGAAGUUGGUGCUAGCACAGCAUAUUGUAUGGGCCUUUUUUAGACAGCAGAUACUCGGAUACAAAACAGCAUACAAAAUUUGUAUGAACAGGGUCCUGAAGCCGAAGCAGUUAAAAACUGGGAUGUUCAAACACAGUGAGAAAGAAGUGAGGUCCUGUUGUGUAUUUGCCCUUAUUUAAUGAAAUCCACCUGCAUCUAGGCGAGUGUUAAAGUGCUUGUUUUUAUCAUUACAAUCAUUCAGUGUGUAAAAAUGUUGAAUCUUUGCUUUAGAUUUCAUGAAAAUGCCAUAAACCUGCAUGGGAUUUUUUUGGAAAGACUGUUUGAAUCAUAAAAAAAUCACGCCCGACCUAAAAAGACGGUUAAUUUCAGAGAUUGCCAGAGGAGAUAUUAUACAAUAUAGUCUGUCCUGAGCCUUACCUUCAAACAGAUCAUGAACCACAUUUCUGAAGCAUUCUGUCUGCACGUAAACGCAUCAGAGGCUUUCUUCCUGCUGCAUAAUAAAGCUUGAAUGAGUGGAGGGAAGAAAACCCUCUGACGUCUGCAGUCUCUUGGGGGAGAUAUUUCUACCUUUGACCGAGGUUUUCUAUCAAAUAUUGAAGGUGGACGUCCAAAGAUAGCCUUGAUGACAUUAAAGCAGAGUGGUGGCUCUGCUGAAGCUUAAAGUGACACUCAGCGGUUUGGAGAGGCGGGCAGGACCAGUUUUUGAGAUCUGCAUGCAGUGCUGUGCGAGACAGAAAUAUUUCAACCAUAUUUUUCAAAUGAUUCCUCAAGCUGUUCAAACAAACGACGCACUAAAGCUUUUAUGCACCUGUAAAAUACGCACCGAACAAAAAUUCUGUUUCUGUUUUCACUGACUUAUUCAUCUUCCAAAUAAUUUCUCACAAAAAUGAUGAAACGCUUCCAAGCUUUCAUCUUUGCGUCUUGCAACACCUUGGAAAAUUUGUUUCUGAUUCCCCGUUUGGUCACAUCCCAAAGGCUGAGAGCCAUUUAGAUCCAUGUGAGUGUGGCUUUAAUCAGACUCUCAUCAGAGACUGGUCAUGAAUAUUAACUUUAAUAAUUUACAGACAGGUUCAUACAGAGUUCUCCAACCUAGAUCGACACACUCAGCCGUGUGUACAUGCAUAUGUGUCACAUACAUGACAGAACUGAAAGAGGGUUCAUGUUCCUGCGAGUGAUAAUCAGGGAAUGAUUGUAGACAAACCCAUCCUUCUCUCACUUUCUCCAAAAUGGGCCUCCCUCUUUUCACAUUUCCUCUUCUUGUCCUCCUCUUCUUCAUCCCUGACACCUCUGGAAAUACUUUCCCAUCUCCUCUCCUCAUUUAUCAGUCUUUCGGCAGCUUUGCAAAGACAGUGUUGGCUCUUUGAUGUGCUACCUCCUGCGCACACAUGUUUAAAGAAUAUUUCCAUUGAUUACAACUUGGAUCCUGUUUGCACAGCUCUCGCCAUUCUUCUGUUAUUAAUAACAACAUCAUAAUAAUUAUGUUUGAAGCUGCAAUUUGGGAUUGCAGCAACAUCCCAAAGCAGCAGUUGAAGAAAAACAUGUACUCACAUGUCCAUGUCCAACCAUGGAGAACACACAAUUUUCAUUUGGAUUUGAGGAUUAUUGCCAACAUUGUGUGUGUUGUCAGUGUCAAUUUGUGUCCUUAUUAAGUGAGUUCAAAUAAAAUCUUUUUAAUCCACACAAAAAAAAUAUCUUAGUUUUGAUCAAUUCGGAUAAGCCUUAAAAUGCUCGGUUGCAAAACAUUAAGGGAUUUUAUAUUACACGUGUUUUUUUGGGCUAACAAGAUGUUUUGCAACUCCAAAUUUUCAGCAAAUGGAUGGAUCAAAGUCUGCCAAAUUGCUCAUGUGUGGACAAGUGUUUUAGAUUUCAAGGGUAUGAAAGAACCAACGUUUAACCGAGGAACAAAUCAAUCACUCAGCUUUAAAGAGAUUUUUCUGCUCUAACAAUACACUAACAGCAGCAGACACAACAAGUCUACUUCUUAGUUAAUUUUUUGCCUCACAUUUUCCAUGAUGCUUUCCAUGGAGGGUAACAGCAAUGCCUGUCAACUUUCUUAUCCUCUUGCAACUGACAGACCGUCGUGAUGUAUUUAAUGUCAAGGUUAUCUAAAAAGUAGUUUUGAAUCCCCUAAUGACACAAUCUGGAUGUUGUUUCUCAACACUGACUUUAUUCCAGUUUUUCAGGUUGACAGUUUGACUGUGAUAUUGUAAGUGGAGUCUUGGAGCAUAGUCCUUUAUUACUAACUGCUGGCUCUUAAAAGUUGACCAUUACUCCCUGAGGUUCUCAUACGGUCAGACAAUCGUUGGAGUGUCCAAAUUUGUCUAAAUGUUGUCAUUUGCUAGUGUGAAGCUGUUUGAAGUUACCCUGGUACAAAGUACAUUUAUUUCUGGAAAAGAUAUGGAAAUAAUGCAAUUUUUGGCUUCGAGUCCUCCAGGCUAAUGUUGUAUGCUUUGACUUUUUAAUGUUUAUUUAAUAUAACGAUAUGAUUUUGCAGGUUGUCUACUGUUGUUGGAGCAGAUCAGAUCCUGGUGGUUCACAAUGGACAGAUCGCAGAGAGAGGAAGGUAGGAUGUUUUUUUCAGAGUUUGGUAUAAGAAAGUUGAAUGUAAGAGGAAGUGAUGCUGUUAUGUUUUCAGGAUGUUUUAUCCUAUCUUUUGACCAACACUAAGUGACUAAUGAUGGGUCUGUGUGAGUGUUGUCAUUUGACACACCUGAACAAGGAUGUGUGCCCUAAGUGGUUUCAGAUUUUUAUCUGUUGAUCAAAAACCUGCUAAGUGUUUUUUGUAGGUGAUCCUUAAACCCUCAGGUAUCUUUUACUGCCCCAAGGGCUCAAUGACCACCAGACACACUCAUACUUGCUUAUAUUACCAACAGGGGACCAUCACAUAGACGACGAGGACCAUGUUAUCUGAGCAUUUAAAGGAAGAAAAAUCCAAUAGACAAUAUACAUUUAACUUGUUGUCCUUGAUUUAAAGAACUAAUGGUUACACAGACAAAAACUUACACAUACACACACACACACACACACACACAUACUCGUCUAUAUUAUCAAGAUAGGACCAUUGAGAAAGUGGGGACCUCUGUUACUGCUCAAUUUAAAAAAGGAAGAUCAGAAAAAAACAAUUAGCUGUUAAGGUACCCUAGGGUACCAAAGGCUAAAUGGCCACCAAACUGAUAUUACCAACAACGGACAAUAACCCAAAAAAGACCCAAAAGUGGACCUUGUCCCUUGUCCAAAAGUGGACUUUGCCAUUUUAAAAAUAGGAAAAUACAGAAGAGGAUAUACUUUUGGGGGUUCAUGUCUUAAUAUGUGAUUGGUCACACACACACACAUAUAGUCAAAAAGGACUAUUACCAUUGGGGACCUCCAUUUAUGUUCUUUUUAAAAAAAAGUAAAUUUUGACAAACUAUGUAUUUUUAUGCCCCAAAGGCAUCAAACAUUACAUACACUCAUACUUGCUAACAUUGCCAACAGGGGACUACAAUGGACCAAACAUGGACCUUGUUUUCUGGUCCUUUUAGAAAUAAAACUUGAGAAGAAAUCUCACUGUUAAAGAUUAAAAACAAAUCACCUUAAUGGUGCUCUUCAGUUUUCCUCAAAUCUCAGGGACUUGGUGGCUUGACCGAUGUCUACCUACUUCCUACCUACCUACUUCCAUAUACUGAAAUCGAACACUCUUAACCCAGUGUCACACAUAAACACACACAGUGGGUCUGCCACUUAAACUACUGAUGCGUACAGCCCGUGGGUAUAGGAGAUGAAAGGACCUGCUUUGUCAAAAAUGGUGGUAAAAUAAACCUCUGCAGUGGUGAAAGAGGAAGAGCUAUAUUUCACCCCUAAUAUUGAAAACAUAAUCAACAUAGAUUAUCCUAAAGCAUGUUUAAUCCACAAUAGAUAACACUAAGAACACACCUGACAGAUGAAUCAGAUGACAGAUGUAUCGGAGGAUGAACACAUGAAGAUACUCCUUUUACCCCUGCAGGCAUGCAGGGGAAGCCCAACCAAAAGCCAUUCACCUUUUGAUCGACACUGUGAUGUAAACAAAGGACAGGCCAGUUAAACCUCCGGUGUCAGAAUACACACAAUUUGUGCCACAAAGUGGUGGAGUGUAUCAUGAAACAGAGGCAGGAAGUCCUCAGGCUGUCCAUGUGCUUAACAUUCUUUACGAGGAUUACGACCAUGCUAAGCCAACUAAUUCUGAGAGCGCUGAUUACAAAUGAAAACAAGUGUCCAAACUCACCUUUGCAGGUAGUUUUUGAGAAGAUCUUCAAACACGAAAGCAUUGUCCUUUAUGGUGGCCAACAUCCGCUACUGGGACCAAUGAGGGGACUAAUUUAUGUCGCCAAGGUCUUACUGUAUUUCCUUUUCUAACUUGAUUAAAUACUAAGUCUUUUAAAGGAGAUAAUAUUUAUGGCAGUAUGUUUUUAUUGCACAAAAUUGAAGUUUGUUUGUUUGUUUCCUCAAGGCAGUGAGUUAAGCUCAUCAACCUACAGUCCAUAUUUUAUUGAUGCCAUACUCAAAGAAACCAAGGAAUGCCAUUGACCAGUAUAUCCUGACUUGUCACCCAUUAAAAACAUUUUGCACAUUCUGAAUUAACAAAAAAAGGAGACCCUGAAUAGCUAAAAUCCUACAUCAGCUAAGAGUGGGACAACAUUUCACCAUGCAAAAUCCAGAAACUGGUCUCCUCAGUUCCCAAAUGUGUUUUUACAAGAAGAAGUAGUGCAACACAGUAAUAAACAGGCACCCGUCUCAGCCUUUUUGAACAUUUUCUAUAAAAUAAAAAUGUAGAAUUGUAAGUUUCAGCAUUUAAUAUGUGUCUUUGCAUGAUUUUGAAUGAAAUAUAGAGUUUUAAGGAUGAGUUAACCAUCAAAUUCUGCUUUCACAGUGUCCACACUUCUCUGGAAUUGAGGUUGUUUAUAUCUUCUUUAAAAACAAAUCCAAGGGUCAUUUUUCAGCCUGUGUUCGACUGGAGAACUUGGCUGUCUUAUUUACACUCCCUGCCAAUAUUAUUUGUAUUUCUCCUCUUCUUAUUCUUUCUCUUUAUCUUCCCUGUGUUUAUGUUUCCUUCAUAUCAACCUGUUCUCCAUAUUUUUCUCUCCGUCUCGGUUUCUCUGGAUCAUCUAUUUACGGCCCUUGCUGUGUUUCCCACUCUCCCUGUCUGUCUGGAAGUCCAGACAGUGACAGACUUUUGGUUUUACUAAUUCAUAGUAAAGUUGGCUAAAGUCUGCGGGAAGAUUUCAGACAGCUCAACUUUGUUUUUAAAGCUGCUCUGGUGUCACAAGACAUUAUGAGUGACCCACCUUCUCCCCUGUCUGCUCUGCUAUUCCCAGAAUUUCUCUUCCUUUAAUCUUUAACUAAUUUUUUCCUGCUUUAAAUCUUACUGCUCCUCACAUUUUCAAUUAAGACAAAUGGAUAAUUUGAGAAGAUCCACACUUUGCGGUUAUAGCCUUAAGUCUUGGUAAGACAGAGGACCACUUCUUGAGGAAUCCACAUUUUAUAAAGAUGAAUAAAGAAUCAGUCCAGAGACAGGCCAUGAAACACCUGAACUUCUUUGAAAUUGAUGCCAGAUCCAGCCAGGAAGAGUUACUUGUUGAUGUAGUUUUGCAGAUUUCAUGGUUACUUUCAUGUCUAAUACCAGUUCCUGUUUCUUUGUCUUGUCCAGGCAUGACGAGCUACUCAUUCGGGGAGGUCUGUAUGCAAGUAUGUGGAUGAAACAGCAGGAAAGUCUGGAGGCACAAACAGACACACAGAUAAACAGUCAAACUCAAGACCUCUGA